GCUGCUGUGCUUGUAUUUAGGGUCAGUGGUUUAACCUAGCUUUCGAAACAAUCGACGGUGGGAUGUGUUGCCUUGGAAGUCUAGACUGGCGCCAUUUUUGUGCAAGCUCGUGAAAUGUCACUCGGUGUGUUCUUUAUUAUAUUUGGUAUACAACUAACGUCACGGUAAAGGAAUCAUGCUGUCAGCUACCAGUAAUGUGUCUUGGACAAAAAAGCACUCGCUCAAAUCAAAGUGGAACAUUCUUUUCGACAAAUCGCCUGAAUGGAUCUCCUUCAAACCACAACUCGGCCUCAAAGUCUACCCUUGCUACUCGUGCAAGAACAUGUUCUCCUCAAAACUCACAUUUCAAGAUCAUAUCAAUCGUCGCGUAGUCAUCAUCAAGUACAAAUGCACAGCAUGCACAAACACGUUUACGUUCUACAACCGUUGUUCUUUCCUCCUUCACACCAGAAAACAUUUCACUCUGGCAGAAGGUCAAGUCAAUUUAGCCAACGUGGAUAUUCACUUACUACCAGUAGAACUGGCAGGUUUCGCAAGACAUGAAAGCAUACCUUUUCUGUACGACGAGGAAGAAGAAUUCGUCGAAAGCCCGGCAUACAUCAACUGCCAAUUUUACACGCCUGAUGACACCGAAGCCGGGAAGCAGAUAAUCACUUUGCGACCUUUUAACUUAGUUUUUCAUUACGCGGAAGGCACGACUAAUGUUCUUCUUGUUCUCAAACAGAUCUCGCUUAAUGUUCCUCUUUGUGAGUUCGUGACGCAGCAGACGAAACCACCCGAACCUCUUAAUAAGGUGACAAAUGGGCAUUCUGAGCCGGAAAUUAAACAAGAAGUUGAAGUUGACGAGUUUACCAUGCCUGUAAUUUCGAAAAUAGAGUCUCUGAAUGAGGGUAAAAGCCAACCGCAGUGUCCUGAAUGUUCAACUGUUCAAGAAAUGCCGAUGGUGGCUCAUUUCCUGGGUACCAAUCGACCCUUGGACGAUUCUUUGAUUUGCUACGUUUGCAAAUACGUAGCUCCUACCAAGUGUUCUUUAAAAGCACACGUCAGAACGCACGAGAAUGGUUCACCUUUUGUGUGUCCCGAAUGCGGAAAAGUCUUCAAAACCUCAGGACUACUGAAUAGUCAUAUGGAAGAUUUCUGCUUCCACUUGAGUAAAAACGUCAGGUUUAGAUGCCCUGCUCAAAAAUGUGGCAAACUCUUUGUUCUGCCCACAACCUACGCUUCGCAUUUUUCCAAUCAUUUGCAAAGCAUCAGCAAGUGUAGUGUUUGUGGUUCUAGUUUCUUAAGCGACUCGGAGUUUCUAGAACACGCUAAAACACACGAGUCGUGUACAGCAAUCAAAAGCUACAAUUGCUUAGUGUGUAAGAACACUGUGACUUUAAGUCACGAAGAAAGUGCGGAACAUAUUAGUUGGCAUCUUCAGGACAGAGAAAGGUGCGUCUAUAUCUUUACCUGUAAAUAUUGCAGAAGUUAUUUCCGGUCUACGGCGACCUACGCCGUUCAUAAACAAAGGUGUCAAAAAAGUGAUAAAGUACAACCGACGAUCGUGCAUUCAAACUGUCAGUUCUGCUUCCAAAAAAUGAGCUUCCGUGAAAAAGACAACUUCAAAACCUGUUUGAACUGUAAACAAAUCAACCACUUGAGUGCCGGCCGAGUUGUGAGUUCGCCGCAUGAAGAGAAAAAGUCCCCUUGUAUGUUAUGUAAAGAAGAAUUAACCACAGAAGAUAAGAAAACUCACACAAAAGUUUGCAAAUAUAACAACCCCGUUGUCACUAUACAAACCCUCAUCAACGAACCAAAGGAUUCCGACGAAACUAGUUCCAGUGAGAAAAUGAGCUCAUCUAACAGCGACGCCGAAAGUAAACCCUCAAACUUAGACUCUAGUAACGAUUCCAUGAAGACUGAAGACACUCCAAAGAACAAAAAACGAAAACGAUCUGGGAUAAGCUCAGUGAAGAAUAAAAAACCCGCUAGCGAAGAGAUCGUGGAUCUUCAAGCCGACAAACCGGUUUCUUUCGAUGGAACGUACUAUUGCAAACUAUGCGAUUACAAAAGCACGGAGAGGGCGGAGUUCCAUGGACAUAUAAUUAGCCAUAGAGACGUGUCUACUGCGUAUCAGUGCAUGGAAUGCGGCGAAUGUUUUGUUGUGAAGCCUUCUCUAGCUAAACAUCUGGCACAUUUCCAUAAAAUCACGGACACGAACACGUAUUUUGAUAAUAAUGACUGUUAUGACAAGUUUGCGAUUAAAGAAUUAGAAAAUAAUUUGAGAUUGGUUCCUGGGGAGCACCGAGGACCUGUUAGGGAGAAUCAGUGUACUGUUUGUUUGGAGCAAUUUGAAGAUGCGUUGUCUUUGAAUAAGCAUUUUAGGAUGCACGGAAUGGCGUUUCUGUUGAAAAAAAAUAAGUAGAUUGUUAUUGUUAAAUAUGCUAAAAAUAAAAUCGUUUUUACAGUUUCUUGGUUUUAA